AUGGCGUCCCGCACAAUCUUCGACCCCUCAACCCUCCUCCGCAUGUCCCCGCUCCUAGCAGCAACAUGUACAGUCUGGGCCAACAUCGACCACACCCUCUUCCUAGACUUUGCCCCAGCGCCCUCCCCCAAAUCGCGCGCAUCCCCUCUAGCAGCUCUCUUUUCCUUAUACGAGGCGAAUACGACUGGCCUCGCAGCCGUCGUCGGGGCCGCGAUGAACUUGAUACACUCGUCGCCAACCGUCCCAGUUGCCCUAGCAAACCCAGCUGCCUUGGGCGGUGCUUCCGUGGUGGCCUCGGCCGCCUCGUGGUCGAUCGACUGGCGUUCCCCCUCAACUCUAUAUCUGGCAGGCCUCGCUCUCACCGCCGCACAUCUCGCAAUCCAACCUUACCUCCAGAGGGUUGUGCGUGAUCUCGUCUCGGCGCCGAACGAUUACGCACGAGCCAACGCAGCUUGGCGAUGGAGGAGGGCAGUGUUUGUCCGUGCGAUCCUGCUCGACUUGCCGGCUUGGGCCUGUUUCCUCGGCGCGGCGAUGGGGAGCUUGCGCCCCGUCGUAUAA